CAGCAUUCCCUGAUUUUCGGUUUUUCUUUUGCUUGCAUCAUCAGUGAAGAAGAACUUCAUGCACUGUGAGAGUUUCUUGAACUUCAUUCCCUAAUUUUCCUUGCCUCCUACAGCAGCAUCCUGGUGAGUUUUUUGAACUUCAUUCAUUCAACCAUCGUCCCUUUCCCGUCUAGUCCACAGGACAAGCUCUGACUAAUUCUAAGGUUUUGAGUCGUGCGCCAAACCAAAAAGAAGCUAAUAGCUUCAGCUUUGAGACGGUAGUCAUUUUGGCAUCCGAUAGUUCAAGCGUUGUGCCCUUUUUGGUAGAAGGUUCAAUCUUUUUAAUUCAUAUACUUCAGCUUGUUACUUCUUCCGGAUGGAGCCGCUGUGUAGUCGAAACGAGAAGAGUGGUCUCACUGCAGUUGAGCGCAAGAUUUGUGUAUAUUACCCGGACUUUUAUGGAGGAAAAUUCGGAAAGCUUUGGGUAUUUGGUCCAAAUUACAGGAGAUUUGGUACCGAAUUCUCAGAGGGUGUUAAGGAGGAAGCUAUGGAACGCAUACGGAGCAACUCACAACUUUCUUUUCAAGGAGUUAUGAACGCUAUAAGAAAUAUGGAGUUAGGAGUGAGAGCUCUUUAUGCUGACAAUGUGGUGAAGGAUUUGACGGGGCCUCAGAUUCAAGAUUUGAUGAUUCAAGAUGGUUGCUUCUUUCUUCUUCUGGCGUUCUCAAUUCUUGGAGCCGAUUCACAAAAAUUAAAGUAUGCAGAGAAUCAUCCUGUUUUUGGCGUAGGAUGUGCCACUGAAUACAUGGACAACAUUAUAGAGUCCAUGUUCUUUGUCGGAAAUCAAAUCCCACUCAUGGUACUCGAGCAACUUAUGCACCUUGAUAUCUUUCAAAGAAUGAAAGCUACAAUUGGAAGUAAGCAGCAGCAAUUGGGUUUGGCCAAAAGAACCCUGUAUAAGUUCUUGAUGGUUGAGCUGGUUCCAAAACCAGUUGACUUACUCCAUUGCCUCCAGAGCAUCAUGCUUGGCCCAAAACGCAGCUCGAAUGCAGCUGUGACGAAAAAGGUCGAUGACAUAGAGGACUGUGUUUCUGCCAGCAAAUUAUCUGAACAGGGUGUGAGAUUCCGAAAAUUAGGGGGAGAAUUCGGGAUCAGAGGAAUGCAUUACGAGUGCAAUAAGUUUUCAGCUGUUCUUUACUUGCCUGAUUUGGGGGUUGACAGAUACACAGAUCUUUUAAUCAAAUGUCUUCUGAAAUAUGAGACUGUUCAAGAACGCCAGGGGGUCGAACCUGAGGCAAGUUCCUACUUUAAGUUCAUGUCCGACCUGAUUCAUAAACCAAAAGAUAUUGAAAUCCUUGUGUCUGAAGGAGUCAUUCAUGGAAGGUCAGAGAGAUUACAAGGGCUUCUAAGUACUUUAGAUGGCAUGGCUUCAUCUGGAUAUAUGCACUGGGUUAAAAGAGAGAUUGUAAGAAAUCCCCCCUGGCAGUGGCAAAAGCCUCUAAAGUGCAUGCCUGUUAUUUGCUCGGCUUUGAUUGUUUUGUCCAUCAUGCAAAUGCACUAUAGCAUGCUUUCCUUCGACAAACUGCAAAAGCCUUGAGAGCUUGCUUACCAGGAGUUUUGCAGGAGAUACUUAUGUACUUUAGGUAGCAGGUUUUAUGCUGCUUCCAAUAGGAAGAAGGAAACAGAGUUCUUGAUAUGUUUCGACAUUUCUGUAGGUGAAAUACAUGCUUAGUUGUGGUCUGUUGUGCUAUGAUUUCCAUAUAUUUUGCUGCCUGAAUGUCAUUCUGAAGCUUCGCUGCCAAAUGGAUAUGAAAUUUCUGAGAAGUACUUCCAAGUUUUC